UUCAAUAGCGUGUAAGAAAAUAAAUAAAAACAAUAAUGCCCGAAGAAAUUUUGGAGCCACAAGCCAAAUUGCAGAAAAUUGAAGAUGAUGAAAAAAACAAACAGGUAGAAUGUGAAACAAAAUUGCAUGGGCCUGGAGAAACCCCACCAAAUCCUCUAAGCAAAAAUCAAUUGAAGAAACAAAAACGUUUGGAAAAGUAUGAAGAAUUCAAAAAGGCUCGUCGGCUGAAAGAACGUGAAAGACAAAAGCAAAAGCGACUUGAAGCACAAGCUCAAGGAUUACCCACUAGGAAUGGACCUUCACGGAAAGAGCUUAAGAAACGUCAAACUGAGGUUGAUAAACAAGAGUUGGGCAAACUUAGUGUAGCAAUUGAUUUAGACUACGAUGAAUUGAUGCAUGAUCGCGACGUAGCGAAAUGCAUAAAACAAUGUCUACGUAUUUAUACAAUAAAUCGUCGUUCAACAUGUCCAGGACAACUGCACCUAACUGGUAUUAAAACUGACGGACGUAUUCAUACGAGUCUUAAGCGAAAUGAUGGCUGGGAAAAUUGGCAUUUGAAAUAUCAUUUUGAUACAACACAUAUGGAAGUUUUUCCUAAAGAGAAUAUAAUAUACCUUACAUGUGAAUCGGAUACUGUGCUGGAUAGCAUUGAGGAGGGUAAAAUCUAUAUAAUUGGAGGUUUAGUAGAUCACAAUCAUCAUAAGGGUCUGUGUCAUAAACGAGCAAUUGAGAACGGAUUACACACAGCGCGUCUUCCACUAAACGAACACGUGAAUAUGAAAACACGUGCAGUACUUAGUACAUUUCAUGUGUUCGAAAUACUCUUGCGGGUUUCGGAAGGAAAGUCGUGGACUGAAGCCAUUAUUGAAACGUUACCUGAAAGGAAGGGUGCUAAGCCUAAACUAAAUUUAGAAGAGACAGAAAAUCAUUUGAAUGACAAGGAUGUUGCAAAUGAAAUAAUUGCUGAUAACAUUUGCGAUUAAGAUUGACGACGUAAUGAUUUCUUGAAUUAUGUGGCAAAACUUUUUCCAUACUGUAUUACAAACGUUUUGAAUGGUAUAGGCCAAAAUUUAUACCUUAGCUGUAAAAAGCUAGAAUAAACACAA